CUUAAAGCCACGCUUUGCGUCGUCGGCGUUCUUAAUUAGUUCAAUUGUGAGGAUCAUCAACAAAGGAUGUCGAGCAUUACUCUCUCGACGGCUAUUUUCACUCCGAAAGGCGGCAUCAAAUCGCAAAGCCUCUCUAUUCUGCCAAGCAUUUCUACCUCCAUUGGCUUCAAAAGUGCUUUUCCAGAAGCACUUCUCUUAAAAUCAUCUAAAUGCUUCAGGACAACUAUGAUGGCCACCUACAAAGUGAAGCUGAUCGAUCCGAAAGGGCAGGAGCAGGUGUUCGACGCCCCAGACGAUGCCUACAUUCUCGACUCGGCUGAAAUGGCCGGCGCCGACAUGCCGUUCUCGUGUCGCGCUGGCACGUGCUCUACCUGCGCGGGGCGGAUCGAUUCGGGCAAGGUGGACCAGUCGGAAGGGUCGUUCCUCGACGACUCGCACAAGGAGAAAGGAUAUGUUCUCACCUGCAUCUCCUACCCGAGAUCGGAUUGCGUGAUUCGCACUCACAAGGAGAGUGAGCUCUUCUAAGUUCUACUGCUACUGUUGCUUUGAAUUCAUUCGGAGCUAACUUAGUCUCUUAUUUUGAAGUUUCCUGCAGCAUUUUUUGUUGAUUGUGUAGUGAUUUUUCUCCUGGAAAUGGUUAUGGCAAUUGGAUGAAUAAUAGUAUGUGCAGUUCCAAGUGCACAUACAUGCAUGUAGGUUGAAUUAAACCCUACUCUUUUCUAAUAAGCCAUUUAACUUUGCUGAUCCA